AUGAAUUUAUUUCAGUUGACUGAUUUCACCAUGUGGACUGUAACUCAGUAAAAUCAUUGAAAUUGUUCCAUGUUGCAUUUAUUUUUUUGUUCAGCAUAUUAACCUGAAGAAGGUGUACAAAUCUACCCACAUUCAUCCCGCAGAUGAAUGAAAUAUUGUUAUGAUGUUGGUUUACUUACACAGAUAUUUCCUCAAAGACUAAAUCAAUAUCAAGCUGUCUUGGUCUUAACUAACAUCAGUGUAAAAACUAUGAUGAAAACCAGCCUGGUCCCCUGGGUAAAUUUAAAGGAAUUAUUAUACACAGGAAACCAGAUAAAGCAGGCUCAUUUCCUCAUACUGUGUGACACUUGAUGGCCUCACUACUCAGUCUCAGACAAUUGUACCAUGCUCCUUCUAAUUUCUUUGGAUGAUCAAAAUUCAAAUCUGACUCAAAGGUGUCCUCACAGUUUUUAAACAAUCUUUGCUGAGCAUUUGUGUGGUAUUGUAUGUUGCUGUUUUCACUGAUGGUUUCUGUGUUAAAGGCACGCUUUUCAUUGAUCUGUUGGCACACUGUGUGUUUAUCUGUCUCUUGUUUUGUUUUUUCAGGUCUGAACGCACUUCUGGGAAAUGGCUCAAAAUUGUCUCAAGUGCUUGAAAUACACCAUGUGUGUGGUUAACUUCUUGUGCUUUAUCUGUGGAACUGCAGGGUUUGGUUUUGGAGUGUUCAUGAUGAUGAACUCUAAGGUGUCGUCUCUCAUCCCAUCCCUGUCCUCCCUGAACAUUGCCAACAUGAUCUUCAUCACCGGCAUCAUCAUGACCUGUGUGUCCUUCCUGGGGUUCCUGGGGGCCCUGAAAGAGAACCGCUGCCUCCUUGUCACUUUUUCCAUCCUGCUGUUCAUUCUGAUGUUGGUGGAGCUGACUGCAGCCUUUUUACUGCUUUUAUAUGAGAGCAAUAUUGACAGCUUCCUACAGAGGGAUCUCACAGACAGUCUGGAGAAGUCCAGGGAAUCAGCUAAAGGUGGGAAUUCAACAAUGAGCAAGGGCGACUGGGACAUCAUUCAGACCAUGUUCCAGUGCUGUGGGGUCCAUAACUCAAGUGACUGGAAGGAUAAAGUGCCUGCGUCCUGCUGCUCCAAGACCCAAUGUGACAUCAAUCAGCCGGGUUGUUACAAUAAAUUGAAGGCCUGGUUUGAGGGGAACUUCCUAGCCACUGGAGUUGCUGUGAUUGUGCUCUGCAUUAUUGAGGUCCUGGGCAUGUGUUUUUCCGUGACUCUGUUCUGCCAUAUAAGCCAGUCUGGACUCAGCUACAAAUGAUAAAAACAGUGUUUAUUUUUAUGUUUGUUUUUUGUAAAAUAAUCCCCUCUCGGUUCAUGCUCCCUAUGAUGUUUCAUUUCAUUACAUGCUAAAAGAAGGGCAUAUUUACAUUUUAGUCAUUUAGCAGACACUCUUAUCCAGAGUGACUUACAGGAGCAAUUUGCUCAAGAGCACAUCGACAGAGUUUUCACCUAGUCAGUUUGUGGGUUCGAACCAGUGUCCUUUUUGUCUUCUUAACAGCUAGGCUACCUACCUGCACUUUUGAAUGCUAUAUAAUACUAUUGAUACUGUGACUGUACUGACACAUUUUGUAAACAACCCAAAUAAUUCAAUAAACAUUGAGCUGUUAUUUCAUUUUAA